AUGUCAAUCUCUCACACUAGCUUUUUAACUCUGGAAAACUUCGAAGGUUUCGAAAAUGCUGAAAAAUAUGCCAGCUUCGUUCCAAAACUUGAAGCUUACAGAAAGAAAUUGGAAGAUGCAAUUCUUCCUGAAUAUAGCAUUGAGUUACCGGGUGAUAUUGAUGAGUUGAAAACUAAACAAUUCAACCCAUUGAAGUAUAUUUAUGAAAAAAACUUACUUAGUGAAGCGGAAUUCAAUAUCACCGAUACUCCAGCUUCUGAAUUGGUCCCUAAAUUGGCUAAAGGUGAGUUGACUGCUGUUGAG